CAAAGAUACAUCGAAAAAGAGUGAGAAAACAGAGAGAGAGAGAGAGAGAGAGAGAGAGAUUCUUCGGAAACCAGAAAAGCAGAGGCAAUGAGAUCGUGUUCCUCGUGACUCACUCUCAGGAAACGCCACCCCUGCCAUCCUCCCUGGGGGCCCCACAUCACCAUUUAUCUCAGAGAGCAAGACAGAGAGAGGGCGAGACAGAGAGCGAGAAGAAGAGGAAUGAUGUGGGAAGGCGGAGAAUCUGCUGCUGCCGGCGGAGGUUGCGCCGGAAGUAGUAGCGGGAGGAGGAAGCCGUCGUGGAGGGAGAGGGAGAACAACCGGAGGAGGGAGAGGAGGAGGAGAGCCAUAGCUGCUAAGAUAUAUGCCGGCCUUCGAGCUCAGGGGAACUACAAUCUGCCCAAGCACUGCGAUAAUAACGAGGUCCUCAAGGCUCUCUGCGCCGAAGCCGGCUGGAUUGUCGAGCCCGACGGCACCACUUACCGCAAGGGACGGAAGCCGAGCAGCAGCCCGAUCCCAAUGGAGAUCGGAGGCACUUCGACGAACAUCACCCCGAGCUCUUCGUGCAAUCCCAGCCCUCCAUCUUCCUACUUUGCCACCCCUAUCCCUUCUUACCAAGUCAGUCCAUUGUCCUCUGCCUGCCCCAGCCCAACCCAUGGCGGCGGCGACAACAACUCCUCCUACCCAUUUGCCUUCCUCCACAGUGGGAUCACCUCAUCACUCCCUGCCCUGAGGAUCUCAAACAGUGCCCCUGUAACUCCACCCCUCUCUUCCCCUACCAGGAACAAACAGACCUUCAACCUGGAAACUCUGGCCAAACAGUCCAUGUCGGCAUUCAAUGUCUCCAAUUACUUUGCUUCUGCCCCAAGCAGCCCGACCCGUAGGCAGCGCUUCCCUGCAACCAUUCCAGAAUGCGACGAAUCUGACACUUCUACCAUUGAUUCGGGACAGUGGAUGAGCUUCCAGAAGUAUGCACCGACUUCCCCGACAUUCAAUCUCGUGAAGCCUGCACCUGCUGCUGCUACUCAGGGUGGUCCUUCCAGAGGGGAUGGGUUCUUGUUCAAUGAGGAAGGGAAGAUGAGCAUGGAUUUUGACUUUGAGAAGGUUGCGAUGAAGGCCUGGGAAGGGGAAAGGAUUCAUGAGGUGGGUUUGGAUGAUCUGGAGCUCAAGCUCGGAAGCAGUCGCACUUGUUCAUCAUGAUGAUGAGGAGUUGCUAUUUCACUUCUUCAUCACCACCACCUCCACCACAACCGCCGCCACCACCACCACCACCAUCAUCAAGUUCUUGUUUUUUUUCUUUUCAUUUUCGUGUUACUUUUGGUAAUUAAAGACUCCGGUUCAAAUUCUUUGCUUUAAAAAAGAAGAAAAAAAAAUUAAUUUUUACCUUGUUAACAGAAAGGAGUUACAUGUAGAUAUAUAUUAUUUGGAGUUGAGAUCCCUCCUCUCAUUGCAGUGGAGAUUUAACAAUUUCUCUGCAAAUUUGAACUGUCCCCCUCGGAAUUUAUGUUGAAAUACAGUUGCAAUUCUCGU